ACGGGACAGGAAUGGAAUCAAAUCCAACAUGUUAAUUUUCCUGUUCAAAUAAAACAAAUUUUUUUGCUGUUAUAAUUUUUUUUCUGUUUGUCGGAGGCGCAAAAAUUGAGAAAAGUGCGUGCGCGUGCAACGAGAAAUCGUAGAAAUAAAGUGAGAUAGAGAGAGAGAGCAAAAAUUGUGAGCGAAUCAACAAGAAAAGAAGAAUGAGCGAUGAUGAGGAGAAGAAGCAGUGGAGGCAGUAGAAAAACUGCGAAUACUGCUUGUGAAGUGACAACAACAAAAGCAACAGCAGCAACAAGAAAUACACACAUAAAAAACAUAAAUAAAUACAAUAUAUGACACAAAAAAUUUCAUAAAAAGAGCGCAAAAAAAGCAGUAAAAGCACAGAAAUAUCAACAAAAACAGCACCAAAAUUAACUUAAAAAACAAAAAAAAACAACAAAAACUGUGAAUCCGUAUACACACACAGACACACGCACGCACACAAAAGCGCCUGCCUAGAGUCUGUUCAGGUGUGUUAGUGUUUAGAGAGAGGAGAGCGCGUGUCUGUUUUAUUUUAAUAUUUUUUCGCAUUGUGAAAAACGUUUUUUUCUUCAACAAAACCAAAAACAUUAAAACUACAACAACAACCAGCAGAGAGACCAUCAAGCAAGCGAGCAAGCAGUUUUUGCACCACUUGACAGAGGUUCCGCCCUCCCCCCAAACAACUCCAUAUGCAAAAUGUCUAGUCCUGACGAUAGAAUACCAAUACACGAUCUGCCACCAGAAGCCGGAAGCGAUGAACGAUUGCUGCAUAUAGGGCCGGUCCCAUUGACAUUGGAUUUCAAGCCCCAUCCAGCGGUGGAUAUCGAUCAGCAGAUCAUGGAGCUCAAAAAGAAUCAGGAACUGCAGAAGCAACGUCUGAUCCACACGUUUCAGGAGCAGUCGAAGCAAAUGGAAUUGGAGCAUAAACUGCAAUUGGAGCACAAGUAUCAAUUUGCGGUGCAUUCCCAUGGUGCCUUCCAGGAAUUGCGGGAGCAUAGCACAUUAACGGUAGCCGCUGCUGCUGCUGCCGCGUUUGCCGAAGAGCAUCACCGCCAGCAGCAGCAGCAGCAACAACACCAACAACAUCACCAACAGCAGCAGCAACAGCAACAGCAACAACAUCAUCACCAGCAGCAGCAACAGCAGCAGCAGCAGCAGCAGCAGCAGCGGGAACAGCAGCAACAGCGUGAGCGCCGCGAGCGGGAGGUGAUGAAACGCAAGGAGAACUGCAGCGCCAAUGCCAGCCCGGAGGUCAAACAGAUUCUCAAUUGCUUUAUUAUGAGCCGCAAGUCGCAGGCAGCAGCCUCCAAUGGAACAACGACAACGUCGCCCUAUCGCAAUCGAGGUGUGGUGAAAAGCUCAUCGGGUGAAUCCCUGCCAGCGGGCACCGUUACCAGUGCGCAUCCCUACAAAAUACCUCAGCCGCCAUCCUCACUGCUCAAAUACGAAUCUGAUUUUCCGCUCAGGAAAACAGCAUCCGAGCCGAACCUGCUGAAGAUCCGGCUGAAACAGAGUGUCAUUGAGCGCAAGGCACGCAUCGGAGGGCCGGCAGGUGCACGUCGCCACGAGCGAUUACUGCAAGCGGCACAGCGCAGGCAGCAGAAGAACUCCGUUCUCACAAACUGCAACAGCACACCGGAUUCUGGUCCUAAUUCUCCGCCCUCGUCCACGGGUCUGCCGCAGGUGGGUGUGGUCGGCAGUCGGGGCUCACCGACGAGUGCGCCCAUACAGGAGGAGAACGAGGAGGGUAGCCAGUACCAGCCCGGGCAGAGGAGCAGCAUCAAUGACCUGCCACUGUUCAGUUCGCCCUCCCUGCCCAACAUAUCCCUGGGACGACCGCAUUUACCAAACUCCGCCCAGGUGCAAGCGCAGGCCCAGGCCCAGGCGCAGGCGAGUGCCCAGGCCCAGGCGCAGGCCACGGCCCAGGCCAUGUUCGCGGCACUGCAUCAGCAUGUGGCGGCCGCUGGUGGCCAGCCGACGUACUACAAUCAGCUGGGCAUGUCCUUUGUGGGACGACAGCCGACCGGAUCGCUGGCCAUGAUGCCGGCCACGGGCAUCGCGCCCCAACAGCCAUCGCCUGUGGUCCGGUCCGCUUCGGCCACCUCCACGUCCUCGUCGCAGGCCUCCCUGGUGGGGGAUGUGGCACCGCCGCAGGCGCACGCUGCCUCCACAAUUCUGCCCUCAUCCUCGUCCUACAUGCAGCAGCUGGGCGGCGUCUCCGCUGGCUCUGCGGUCAAUCUGCAUGCGGCCGCCGUGGCUGCAGCUGCAGCGGCGGCUGCGGCAGCAGCAGCCGGCUCCCUGCCACCCACCAACAGCCACGGACACGGCCAUGGCUACGCGCACGGUCACGGCCAUGGGCACGCCCAUGCACAUGGACACGGACACGGCCAUGGGCAUGCUCUGUACGCGGGACAUCAGCACAAUACGCCCAUUACGGAUGCGCAGGUGGCGCAGGUGCAUCUGCACAAGCAGGGACACCGGCCGCUGGGCAGGACACAGUCGGCACCGCUGCCCCUUGGGCAUCCGAUGUUGACGGGCGCCGGCCAGCUGAACGUGGCACAAACGCACUACGAGAACAGCGAGGCGGAGCGUCAGGCGUACCAGCACCAGGUGCUCACCCAGAAGCUGCGCCAGACUGUGCUCACACGCAGCGGGGCGGCAGCGGCUGCUGGCGUGCGCGAGUCUCAGCUGAAGGAGGAGGAGGAUGACUCUGCUGCCGAGGUGAUGGACCUCACCGACAAGAAGAAACCGCCCAAAACGGUGCUGACCAGCACCAUAGCCACCAGCACCUCACAGAGCCUGCCAGAGGCUUUGGCCGCAGCAGCGGCAGUCUACCGCACGCCACCCACAGCCACAGCAGCGUCCUCAGCAGCCGCAGCAGCGGGAGGCACAGGGAACGGAAGUGGGAGCGGGAGCGGGAGCGGGACCAAGGGCAACAAGCUGCAGCGGGAUCAGGAGUACCUCCAACAGCAGCGGGAGCUGCUGCUGCUGCAGGAGGAGGAGCUGGCCAAGGGCCUAAUGCGGCCACUCUCGCGCACGUUGAGCAGCCCGCUGGUGCCACUCGGGCCGCAUGGCCUCAGCCAGCUGGCAGACACGGGGCAGGGGCAGGGACAGCAUCCGACGCCGAUAGCCACCUCCUCGUCGGCGGAUCACAUACCGCCCGUCAACCUAUCGCUGCCCCAUCGUCAGCAUCGACAGUUCAUGGGACAUUUCUAUGCCGCCCAGCUGCACCAUCAGCAACAGCAGCAGCAACAACAGCAGCAGCAGCAGCAGCAGCAGCUGCAGCAGACGCCGCCGUCCGCACCAUUGACACCGCAUAAAAUCACCACGGGCCUGGCCUACGAUCCGCUGAUGCUGAAGCAUUCGUGCAUUUGCGGCGACAAUGCCCAGCAUCCGGAGCACAGCGGCCGACUGCAGAGCGUCUGGGCACGCCUGAACGAGACGGAUCUGGUGAAGCGUUGCGAUCGGCUGCGCGCGCGCAAGGCCACCCAGGAGGAGCUGCAGACGGUGCACACAGAGGCGCAUGCGAUGCUCUUCGGCUCCAACCAGUGCCAGCUGACGCGCCCCAAGCUGGAGUCCACGCUGGCGGCGAGCUUCGUGCGCCUGUCCUGCGGCGGAUUGGGCGUGGACUUGGACACGACGUGGAAUGAGCAUCACACGGCAACGGCGGCACGCAUGGCCGCCGGCUGUGUCAUCGAUUUGGCCUUCAAAACGGCCAAGGGCGAUUUGCGCAAUGGUUUCGCCGUCGUCCGCCCGCCCGGCCACCACGCGGAGGCCAAUCUGGCCAUGGGCUUCUGUUUCUUCAAUUCGAUUGCCAUAGCGGCUAAGCGAUUGCGCCAACAAAUGCCCGAAAUGCGGCGGAUACUCAUUGUCGAUUGGGAUGUACACCACGGCAAUGGCACACAGCAAGCAUUCUACCAAAGUCCCGACAUUCUAUAUCUUUCCAUACAUCGACACGAUGACGGCAACUUCUUUCCCGGCACAGGCGGACCCACAGAGUGCGGCUCCGGUGCUGGGCUCGGCUUCAAUGUGAACAUCUCGUGGUCGGGCGCAUUGAAUCCGCCACUGGGCGAUGCCGAAUAUAUCGCUGCAUUCCGUACCGUUGUGAUGCCCAUUGCCAAGUGCUUUAAUCCGGAUAUUGUGCUUGUGUCGUCUGGCUUUGAUGCGGCCACCGGCCAUCCGGCGCCGCUGGGCGGCUAUCAUGUGUCGCCCGCAUGCUUCGGUUUCAUGACCCGCGAGCUUCUGCAGCUGGCCAACGGCAAGGUGGUGCUGGCCCUUGAGGGUGGCUACGAUCUGGCCGCCAUCUGUGAUUCCGCCCAAGAGUGCGUCCGAGCUUUGCUCGGCGAUCCCGCUGCACCCAUUUCUCAGUCCGAGCUGGAACGACCGCCCUGCCAGAAUGCCAUCAAUACGCUUCAAAAAACGAUAGCCAUACAGCAAACGCAUUGGCCCUGCGUGAGAAUGCUGGAGCAUACCGUCGGCUUGUCUGCGCUGGAAACGCUCAAGGUGGAGCAUGAUGAAUCUGAAACGAUCAACGCCAUGGCCGGCCUCUCAAUGCAAUCGAUGCACAGAAACCUAUCGCGCGAUGACUCCGAGGAACCAAUGGAUCAGGAUGAAACAAAAUAGUCGGCGGUGGAGACGUGGACGUGGAUGCUUGGAUGCGGCAUGGGCAUGGGCAUGGGCGUGGGCAUGGGCAUGGCUGCUGCAACAUGCUGCUCAAUGCACAUUUAGUUAUUUGUUGUAGUUGAAAUUGAAUUGUUGUUGCUGUUGUUGAAUUGUUGUAGCGCUUCUCGUGAGCUGUACCUGUCGCUGUCUCUGUCUAUGUCACUCACCCCAAAUUCUAUCUCUCUCUGGUUAGCCCUCUCCCAGUACCUCUAACUGUAGUUGACAAGCCAAAAGCACAAGGCAAACGCACAGCCCCACACCCCCCACACCCAUAGCGUAGUAAAAGUAAAAGUGAAAGUAAAAUCAAACAAAUUGAUCAACGAAAGUGCGAAGAAUGCAGGAAAGCGAGGCCUAAAGUUCAAAAUGGUGGCUGUGCCACUCAAAACAAACAAACAAAAAGAGAAAAGAAAAAAACGUGUAAAUCCAAGCGAUAAAAUAUGGCAAAGAAGAAUAUUGAAUAUUGAAUUAAGUUUAGUGGAUUUCAAUUAGUUAUUUGAUCCUUCUGGAGAUCGAGAGAUCGAGAGAGAGAGAGCGCGAGUAGAACCUAUUCCUAUUCCCAUAUUUAGUUUGACAUUUUUUUUUUUUGUGGAGUUGGUAGACACACACGCAAGCAAGCAGUGCAUAUUUAUGUAUUUAUGAAGAGAGAAAGAGAGAGAGAGAGCGAGCGAGAGCUAAAGGAAGUUUCAACUAGCCUAACGGUAAACAAGUACACUAAAGAGAGAACAGUAGGAGGUUAUCGCUGGGACUGGUGCUGGUACGGGCGGGAUGUGUGUGUGUGUGUGUGUGUGUGGGGUAGGUACAACCUACAGAACCUCAGAGCAUAACACACAGAAGAAAACACUCGACCAGCCCAGCCCCAGGCCGGCGGCCGCUCUAUCCGCAGAGACCUCACAAACCUAGAACCGUAGCAACGUAGGAGCCUAGAAACCCCAGAAGCCUACAACCCUUAGCCCCCUCUCCCCUAUUAGGCGACUCCUCAGGGAGAUGAUUAUGUGUUAUGUAAAAUGCUUUAGUUGUUAAAAAGAAAAACGUAGACCUAAUAGAACAAUAAGAAGAAUAUGAAGAUAAACACACACACACACACGUACACCUUAACAAAGCAAAGGAAGGAUGGAAAAAGAUGGGAGAACGAAAUCUUUUUGUACAAUUUAUAGUUUAGUGCAAGUUUCAAGUACAACAUAAUAUUAUUUAAAACAAAAUCCUACAUAUAUAUAUAUAUAUAUAUAUAUUAUAUACGUAUAUGGUAUAUAUGUACUAAAUACAUCAAAUAUAUUGUGCAAUAAAUGUGAGAAAACAAAUGAAAAAUCGAGUGCAGAGCAAAAACAAAACUUAAACUAAAAACUAAAACCGAAUAAGCGAGAUAAUUGUUGUUAAAUGUUGCCGAGAUCUUAUAUAACUAUACGUAUGUAUACCUAAUAACUGUUAAAAUAAUAAUAAUAA